CAGUGGAGUGGCUGGUCACUUGGCACCAUGGAGAUGAGCGGCCCCAUCCCGCAGCUAGUGGAGAGUUUUAGAAAGCAAAAGGCCGACUAUUCAUGUAACAGUCUGGCAGGGGGUGACAAUAGUAAUAUCAGGGACAUUAAUAGCUCCGUGCAAACGAACCGAGAAGAUAAAAUGGGAGGCCACGACAGUGAACUUUUCAUGGAUAAGUAUUGCAAGGUUUGCUGUGCCAUGUUGAUCUCCGAAGUUCAAAGGACCACACACUACGAGAGCAAAAAACAUGCCAACAAGGUGCGGUUUUACUUCCAAACACACAAAGAAGAAGGAACACCAUUAAAGAGAAUCAAAACAGAGAAUGUUACUGUUGGAUUCCAGGAUACUGGAACAAAAGUGGACAAGGAUAAAUUUUGCCUUUUGUGCAAUAUGGUUUUCACGUCCCCCACAGCUGCUCAAUUCCACUAUCAUGGCAAAGUCCACGCGAAGCGGCUCAAGCAGCUGGUGGGGAAGCAGCCCGCUGUAACCCAGCCACAGACUGUGGAGCUUUCUAUCACAGUACCCACGAGUGUGGCAAGUGCACCUCCAGAGCUGAAUACAUCUGUACAGAGUGAGCAAUCUGAAAGGAUCACACAAGAAUCGACCGAGGAAGCCUCUGCAACACCCUCUACAGCUCUGGAUCAGGAAGAUCCGAACAGGUACUGCAAACUUUGCAGCGCCUCCUUUAACAAUCCACUGAUGGCCCAGCAACAUUACAUCGGCAAGAAGCACACAAAAAAUGACACAAGGAGACAACUGAUGGACGAACUGGGUAAGGAGGCUGAUUCUUCUGAAAAAAAUGGUAAUUUUUCAUGUGUGAUCUGCAACGUUACACUUAAUUCCAUUAAGCAGUACCAGAGUCACCUGCAAGGAUACAAACAUCACUUUAAAGAGAAUGAAGUGUCCAACCUAGUGAAGAAUACAAAAUCAAAGAAAUACGACUCGUUCCAGGACGAACUCGAUGACUUCAUUAAAGUCCAGAAAGCAAGAGGCCUUGUGCCAAAGGUGUGCUUUAGAAAAUUUGAGGACAAUCCAGAGGAGGAAGAGGAGGAGAGGUGGAGCUUUCACAUGGACAACCCACUCCCUCCUGCUGAGUUCCCGUUGGAAGUAAUGCAAGGCAUCACUCUCCCCAAUCCAAGUGGUUUCCACGAUGAGCAAACAAUGGAUGUGGAAACUGAAGUACGACAAUGGCCCUCCUCACAAGGUGACUGGCCAAUAACCCAAUCUGUACAACGCAGUGACUUUGGUAUGGCAUAUUACACAGAAAGGUUGCCACCUCUGAAACGGACCUGUCCCGAGCAUGUUCCAGAUCCGCACAGCGUGGACUCAGCUGAUGAGUGUAGACCAGUGAGCUCCGAUGAUAGUGCUGGUUCGUGCAAAAAAGACAAGAGGGGUUGGAAGAAGAAGCGCAGAAGAGUCAAAAGAAACAAGGAUGCAGAAUCUAAAAGAGAUAGCGAGCACGAGAACUACAGGAAGGAGAAGAGUGUUGAAACGGUGGGACUGCAACCAGAUACAAAUCAUACUUAUCAGAAACCAGAUGAAAGGGACAAAGAGGAACUCGAUGUGAGUAAAGAAAAGAUGAAACACAAAAAAGAUAAAAAAGACCAAUAUAUAGAUAAAGAGGAGCUGAAACAAAGGCAGAAAAGGCAGAAAAAGAAGAAGGAGGUUGAUAUAAGAACAGAAGAGGAAAAACUUUGGGAUGAAUCUAUUUUAGGAAUUUGAUGCAAAAAAAAUGACUGUGAGAACAUUGAUGCUUGAUCAUUAUUUUAACUUGCUCAGGCACACUGAGAAUAAAAUUAAUUUUGUUAAUAGCACAAUUGAAUGUUUGAUUUUUUUUUUUUGUCCUGCCCAGUAGGAAUUGUUUUGUUUGCUGUUCCAAGACAUAUUUCAAAUUAGCAGUACCUUUAGUCAUGAAGUAUGUCACUGUUUUAACAUGUCCAUAUACAUAUUUUGUUAGCUUUGUCUAAUCUACAAUUGAUCUGAUCAUUUACAGUAAAUUGUGAAGUACUGGGCCAUUCAAACCUAUUCAAUAAUUAAUAAACGGCAUGAUGAUGAUUUUGAGUUUUUAAACAAUAUUGCUUUAGUUGUUGCGAUACUAUGAAAGUUGCUGGUGAAGGUAUGCUCAUGUUGUUGGAUAGGAAGCUUCAGGAAAUAUUUCCUUCAUUGUUGGUGCGUCCAAAUCUUUGGUCCCCUCCCAACAAAACUGGAAUACCUUCAACAGAAGAACUUAAGCGGUUUGCGAAGGUGUGCUCACCACCACCAUGUCACGGGCAAUUGGGGAUGGGCAAUCAAAGCAGCUCUAGCAGGCAAUGCUUACAUUCCAUAAAUAAAUAUUGCUGUAUGAACAUUUAAUUGUGUGGCAUGCUGAACAGCCAUCACAUACCAUCUAUAUGGCUUGAUAUUAUAACAUCCCUUGGCCCACACAUUAAUGAAAGCUUUUGUCGAAUGAAGGCUUUGCGGGCAGGGGUGGGGGUGUGGUGAAGAAUAUUGAAAUAAAGAUAACAUUUAUUGUGUAACAAGCUCCCAAACAAUGCUUAUUUGAUGGAUUAACAUUUUUUAAACUUCAUAAUUUUAAAGGAUUGUCCAUCUACACAUAAGGCAGAAUGAUAUUUUGUGCAAUGUAAUUGUUUCUGUUGGGAAUAGUGCAUUCUGUGACUUACUGUGAAUAAUGCACUAAUACCUGUGCACUCACUGCCUGUUGCAGAGGCCAUUGUUUAAAAUCUCAUACAAAUUUCUGCUAUACUGCAAAAAUCAAA